AUGUUCCUGCACGACCACGCGAGCGAAUGCGCCGCCCUUCCACAUGCGGAUAAAUGUAAACUCAAGUGGUCAUUUUUCCUGCACCUACCCCCAGGAGACGGUCCCUCGGAAAUGGGAACACACCCAUACACCUACUUCGGGGGAACCCAAUUUCAUCACGAAACCAGCAACCAAUUUGUAUCAACUUCAAUGUCGGUUUAUCUGAACCAAAAGUUAUCGCCCCAGGCGAUAUAUCAACAGAAGUUAAAGCAGGGUGUUUACCAUUCACCUGGUUUGCCAACUGUAGGUGUCAAUUCUUCUGCGUCCGAUGCAGCUGCAUUACUCGCAGCAAGUACCGACCUUACUGUGAAGCCAUCGUAUGAACGCACGGUGGCUGCAGAGGCGCAUACCGCUGCAGUGGCAGCAAAGAGCCAGAAGCCACAACCGGAAGUCAAGAAAUCCUCGUCAUCGUCCGGAAUUGGUCUUGGUGUCCCCUCAUUUACUGGGUCGGGAAUUUAUGCUGCAGCAUCCCGGAACUCAACUAUGUCGAUGUCGACGAGAACUGAGCCGGAAAAAGACUACAGAAGUGGACUUGCACCCAAGGCGGCAGAUGCAUCGUUGAACAUCCACAAGAUUUCCGAAUUGGCCACGAAAAACUCGUCCAAAUCUCUCAACCUGAGAUUUAACCCGGAACUCGAUUACCGGUCCGGUUUGAAGCAAAAACCCGCAGAGUACUUGAACCAGGAUGAGGAGGAUCUUGCAGCAGAAGGUGCAGCUGCAUCGCUUAAGCACGGCGCGGGUGCUAGUGAUGCAGCAUCUCUCAAGACGAGAAGUACCUCAUUUAAGGCUUCAGAUGUCGUAGGAAGUACCUUGUUGGGAGCUGCCAAUGCUCGUGCCCAAGAGCGCUUGCAAACGUUGUCUCUGCAGCCAGGAGAUUUCAAAGCUCAGGCUCAAGCGUAUGCCAAUGCAUUGGCUAUUGCGCAAAAAAAUAGCAAUGAGAGAUUGAAACGCAACGCUGAAGGUCAUAUAGAUCUCGGUGGAGGUUUGACGAUGACCCAGAAGGAGUUGGAUGCCAUGGCAGCGUUGGUGGUUCAGCCUGUGUUGAGUGAUAUUUCCACUAAAGCUUCAGCUCAGCGGGAUGCGGAUGCUUCUGCGAAGAAAAAGCAGGAAGAACUCGUCAAGAAACACGACAAGGGCCAAGCAAGAGGAAAUCGAGAGGAAGCUCAAGGAGAAGGCCGAGUUGGAGAAGGCAAAGAAGGAGCGGUUGGACGCCAAUGA